AUGCCGCAGGAUAUGCCGCCCGUUGGCGGCUACGAGGCCGUCCAGUACAAGCGCAACCUCCCGUCGCGCGGCCUGUUCCGCCCCGGCCCGCUCAUCGCCGGCGGCGCCGUGGUCAUGCUCUUCGGCUGGUACAAGCUUGUCACCGGCAUCCGCGAGCAAAACGAGCUCGCUCGCGAGAAGAUGUGGUCUCGCAUCCAUCUGAUCCCUCUCCUCCAGGCGGAAGAGGACCGCGACCAGGUGCGGAGGCACUUGGCGGACCAGGCGCGCGAGAAGGAAUUGAUGGGAGAGAACGUCAAGGUCUACCACUCCGACCGGUAUGUGCGGCCCACGUUUGGCGUGACGCCCGCGAAUGUUUCGAAGGAGUAG